GGGAGGCACCUCCCCAGCAGAAGGGGAGCACAUGGAGACAGUUGCCAAGUGCGCGCCAGUGAAGGACGACUGUGAAGAACAACUUGGUGUACCCCACUCUCCUCCAGUUUUAAUGUUUUACCGGAUAACAAUACAAUAUUAUACGUAUUCAGUUCAGUGGUGGUGGUUAACCAAAUAUUUUUAAGAUAAGUACCCUUAUCCUCCCUUGUAUGAGAAACAAGUUGUGUUGAGAGCUAGAGUACACAGUAGAGUGAGAGGAGAGUGUGGUGAAGUGAGAGACAAGUGUGAUGAAGUGAGAGACAAGUGUGGUGAAGUGAGAGGAGAGUGUGGUGAAGUGAGAGCAAGUGUGGUGAAGUGAGAGACAAGUGUGAUGAAGUGAGAGACAAGUGUGGUGAAGUGAGAGGAGAGUGUGGUGAAGUGAGAGCAAGUGUGGUGAAGUGAGAGCAAGUGUGGUGAAGUGAGAGGCGAGAGUAAGGAAGUGACAAGUGUUGCUGCUGGACAGGUAGAGCUCUUAAAUUACUUCUUGCAGACACUUGGAAGGGCUAUGUAUGGGAGCAGGUGUGGAGUACUGACAUUGACGGGUGAGGGGAAGGGAGAGGACAGUUAGUGUGAGGUGUGACAGGCAUGAGAGUGAGCCCCCAGAGUGGAGGUGGUGGAGCUGCACUCUUGUGAGAGCUGCCCGGGGACGCUGGCACGUAAUACCUCUUAAUAUGGUAGUUAUUAGGCCUUGAAUAUAAUGGUACGAGUGCUUACAACAUCAUUUUUAGUAUUUGGUUUCCCUCUUAAAGUUUUCCAAGUAAUAACUAGGCAGCAAAGGUUAGUAUAGUUCAUUUAUUACGCAGUCAAGUCUCUUCGUCAGUGAGUGGUGGUGUGAAGGUUAGAGAGGCACUGGCACUAAAGCACAGAGGCACUGAAGCACAGAGGCACUGAGACACAGAGGCACUGAGACACAGUGGCACUGAAGCACAGAGGCACUGAGGCACUGAGACACUGAGGCACUGAGGCACAGAGGCACUGAGGCACAGGCUCAGGAAGUGACUACAGUAUAUUAGUCUUUCGAAGCCAGUUGCAGUAUUGAUGUUAGUGCUGUGUUACUGAUUGCUCUUUUAGGUGUAUUACUUGUAAGCUUAUAUAUAUGCAAGGAAAAUUCUGUGUUGAGUUGGCUACUGGCUGGUUAUGCUCAGAUGAGUAUAAUAACUAGAUCUGAAUAAAUCAAUUUAUAAUAGUAUGUGGGAAAUAUUUGACUGCAUAAUAUAGGUGUAUGAGAAGAUAAUGAGAGUGGAAAUUAGUGACAAUGAACUCAAAUAGUGCAUAAUUGAUUUUAAUGUGUAGAUAGAUAGAUUCUCUCGUGUAGAUAGACUUUCUAGUGUCUAGUCAGAAAAGAAUACAAAAUUAUUGUAACAUAAUUUGUUGGUUAUUUGCAUAAGCUCUUGUCAGCUUACUUUAAUGUGUAAUUUCAACCUAGGGUAAAAAUCAAGUACUGUAGAAUGUUUUGUGGGAGUAAAACUGGAACAUAAGAAUAUUGUGCAAGAUGAGUGACAGACGAGUAUUUGAGUCUUUGUGUGUAGACCCUGGCAGGCGAGGUUUCAGCUAUGAUUCUGCUCUUCUGGUUGAUGUGGACCGGGCCUUGGAUUUUGAUGAAGCUGUCAUCCGUUUAACGACCAAAUGCAAUUCCAUCGUCACCCAGCUCCGGACCUUGGGUCAUCACAUUACUGAGUUCUCAGUCACUGCCACCAAAGUUAGCAGCUUUGAGCCUAUAUCACCUGCUUCGAGUACCAUUAAAGCUAUGACUUGUGGAAACACAAUAAGGUGCCCCAUCAUAUCUGGCACAAACACACCAGAUAGUAGAAACCUGAAGGUCAUGGAGGAGCAGUGGUGUGGUCUGAAGCAAAAGAACUAUUCAGGCAUGGUGGCUGUAGCUCGUCUUUCACGAUCAUCCAUCCCAAGAAAUGGCUCUGGUGGGAGAUACUCUGUCCGAGCACUGACGGAGGCUCUUCUUGGUCACAUUCAGGCAUAUUUCAUGUUUCAAUCAUACAGUCCGGAUUUUCAGUGCUUGACAACCUCAGAAAUGGGCAACAAGAUUGAAAGUGCAGGAGAUGAGUAUCUGAUAUAUUUGGUGUACCGUAUCCAGCCUCUUGGUAAUGCUACUGUACACAAGAGGAUCAGAAGGCAGAGUGAGCUGAAGAGAUUGGAGAUAAACUGGCCCUUUGCGCCAAGUAUGGAAAAGAGGCGCCGUCGGUGUACAUCUGGUGAGAGCAGCAUAAGCAGCACUAGCAGUAGUACCAGUUGUAACACUAGUGGUGGCUCUACCUGCAUGACUCCACCUGUGUCACUUGCACCUUGUCUUGUCUCCCAAAUAGCAGCUACCACAACACACGGCAGACAUUCUGCAAGAAGUCUGAAUCCAGGUUGUACAGUGAAUGAUGGGUUUGGUUUAGACUUGACCAAUUGGUCUACACCAAGUGCACUAAAGGCUAUUCAUAUAAGAAGUACUGAAAAUAAUCUUGGCUUCCACAAAACUCCCAUGAACCUCAGGAGCAGGAAAAGAGAAAUACCUAAAAAAUCUACAAGAUUGAAGAAUGCUAAAGCUUCAGUGCGGAGGCCCCAACAUAAGCUAUCAGCGAGACGGCUUCCAUAACAGUACUGUACGGUGCAGUAAUUACUUUUAUCAGCAAGCUGGCAGAUAAUCUGUACAGUAAAUCAAAGAACUGAACUCUUAUUUUUUUUUUAUAACAGUUAUGUGAAUUUCAGCCAAUGUGAGAAAAGGUAAAUAACAUUCAUUACUCAAUAUUUAUCAGUGUAGUAACAUAUUAGAAAAAUGUGCCCCAGCUUUAAUAUUUGCUCGGUUGAUCCCAAAGUUGAAAAAACACAAUGUGGGUCAAUACUAUAAUGCACCCUGAUACUUACGUUAUUAAGGAUCCUUCUUGGUCCAGAUUAUGUAUAAGCAUCAUUAUGCAUCAAAUCAUAAGGAUUUGGCAGCUUUCAAACUGAAUAAAAGUACAGUAUAAUAUAUACGAGUACUGUACUUUGACAGUUGAACACAUGAUGGCAUAUAGGAUAUUACCAAUGACUUUAAAAGUGUGCCAAUAUUAAUAGGGAUGUAUUGGAGGAUGCUAGUUAAAUUAACAAAAACAAGACACCUCACAAAAUAGUGAAAUUUGUUUAGAGUACUGUAUUUUGAGUUGGAUAGGUUUGGUUAAAGUGCAGAUAAAAAUAAUUUGAUCUCGUUAAAUGAAAGGUUUUUGGAUUUAUCUUUCACUGGGAGUAACUUUUUUUUAAAUCUGCCUCACUUUUAAAGCUAGUUUAUAAUGUAUGUAUGUAUGUAAAUAUAUUAAUGUUUUCUGUAUUGCAACAGUACAUACAAACUCUUCCAAAUAAUACAAAGUGUGUCUUACUAGAUAUUCUGCCUCAUAUCCCAUUCAAUGAUGCCUUGCUGUCAUAGUGGCUCAGUGCAUACAAAAGUGUGUAGUGUACUAAAAUUAUAUAUUAGAUUUGUUAUAUUAUAGAUAUUAUAUUAUAGAUAUUUGAUUUAGAUAUUAUAUUAUAGAUAUUUGAUAUUAUAGAUAUUUGAAAGAAUACUACUUAUAAUUACUGUAUGUAUAAUGCUCUUAAUUGAAUAUUAGCUGAGGUUUCUCAACUUUUGAUAUUAAAAGAAAUGUAAUUGAUAUUUGAACAGAAUAAAAUGUAUUCUGAGGUACUGUAUAUAUUACUGUAUAUUGAAUAGGAGAGGUGUAUAUUUUAACAAGAGGAUAGUGUACUAUAUGUUGGCUAUACAGCCCUGAUUUAUAUUUGUUUAUGUUGUGCAUAAUAGUAAGUCUCACUAAUAAAAUAAAUCAUUUGAGGAUGGUCAGUCAUUCGUACUAGUACGAAAUCUGUACUAGUUUUGAUUGGCUUCUUCUUAGAUGAUACUAGCUCAGUUUGCCACUCUUGGUGACAAAAUGUUCAAUACUUAUAUGUGUAAUAAAUUUUAUAAUAGGCCUCUAUGACCCUUAUAUCAAGGUAGUUAUAGAUGUUGAAUAUUAACCCCUUACUAGUGAUUGUCAUUACAAUAUGAUAUUUAGUUUUAUAACUGAUAAAGCUAACCACCGAUAAGAUUUAAAAUGGUUUCAUACUUUGUGAAAAUAAGAUUUAUCGCUUACACUAUUCUUCUUAAUUAGCAUGAAGACAAAUGCACUUUCUUCUUGGCAUUAUUUCCCAUAAACAGUUUCAUAUUCUCCUGACACUUCUUACUCAAUUUUUCUAUUGUUUUUCUUACCACCCUUGAUUUUUUUUUUACCCUUCUCGUCUACACUUUUUAUUCUUCACAUGUCCAAAUUAUUCAGGUAUUCUAUCCUUUAUUUCCUUUCAAUUUCACUUAUUUUUAUUUUUUUUUUUUUUUUGUCUUUCUGACAAAUCCUUGCUUAGUGAUGACACUCCAGAACUUUGGUCAGUAUCUCUUUUGUUAAUUGAUUUUUUUAUUCAAAAUGUUUUUAAAGGUGUCAAGGUUUUGUAGUUAGAGACAUAUUUUUUUUUAGGAAACCCCAGAAAAAUCUUAUGCUAUUAAAUAAGCGAGUGAGUGGCCAAUUAAUAAACCUGAACCACCAACCACAAUUAUAACUACUGCUGCAAACUCCACAACCACCACUUCAUACAACUCAGUCACAAUCAUAAUCCUACUGCAACUAUAAUUAAUAUUAAACACUAUAGUAGGCACAAUUACAAACACUUACACCACAAUUAUCACUCCAUCCACCACAACAUAGCCAUCACUAUAACCACCACCAUAUCAACAUGCCUGCUGCUACAAGUAUACAAUCACGUUCUACAACUUUUCCAGUGCCUUGCUCCUCUAAGGAGCCAAUUACACUCAGCAUCGAAUUCAGCAUCCACACAUCUGAUAUAAAUAUACACAAGCUGAGCUCUGAACUCACUUGGGCUCCAAUCGGCACCAGAAGAAUACCUCUAGUCUCUUAUUCUCCAUCAACGCAUUCAAUCUUCACCUCUGCUGGAACUUCACCUCAAGCAAGUCAUUAUCUUGCUUCCUGCUAUAAUAUUCGUAAUGUUCAAAUAAUAUACUUGUUGUUAUUA